GCCGUGGCGGACGCGUGCGGUUGUGUUUACGGCGAUACGUCCAUAUCGGUUUUUAUGCAUAUAGAAUAAAUUUGUAUUUUUUUUUUUUUUACUAGUUUAUUUUUUAGGUAAUAAUUAAUUUAAUACGCCUAUUGGGUUAAUGGUUUCCGUGAAAUGAUCCUCCAACAUAAUCGUACUCGCAUUAACAGAUCUCAUCAUCUGACAAAAUGACCACCACCCGCCACACUUGACGAAUAAUAUGCACAUUAACCGAAAGUUCGUCAAGCCCGUGCCGUUAUAUUCUCCACCUCUGUCUGUCUUGUGGUCUUUACUGCUAAUCGUCAGCGCCGUUCAGUUGACAUGGUCGAGGCCGGCUUUAGGACCGAACAAGAGACGAGAGACAAGGUCGCCGCCUGUCUACGAAGACGUGCAAGGGUAUUUGACAAAAUUCGGUUACCUACCAGAAUCGGACUUGGAAACCGGAAAUUUAAGAACUGAAGACCAAUUGCGCGAUGCUCUGCGGACUCUUCAGUGGUUUGGAAAUGUUCCGGUUACCGGUCAAAUGGACGAUGCCACCAAAGAACUUAUGCAGAAACCCCGUUGCGGAAUUCGGGAUGUCAUUCCUUCAAGCCAAGGACGACGAAGCAAACGAUUCGCUCUGCAAGGCCAAAAAUGGCAUCACGUCAACUUGACCUGGAGUUUGCGAACCAGACACUUUGACCGGAUGGACCACGGAUGGGCCAGGUCGGACCUUCGCAAAGCGCUUCAAGUCUGGGCUAAACACUCGAAACUUACUUUCCAGGAAGUCAACAGCGAGACGGCCGACAUACUGGUGUUCUUCGAAAAAGGUUUCCACAGCGACGGAUAUCCGUUCGAUGGACCCGGAAACGUGCUGGCUCACGCAUUCUUUCCCGGAGCCGGACGUGGCGGAGACGCCCAUUUCGACCAAGAGGAAGAAUGGCUGUUGAACGGCAAAGAAAGUCCCGAUGGGACAAGUCUGUUCACUGUGGCCGCUCACGAAUUCGGUCACUCGUUGGGUCUGUCUCAUUCGUCGGUCCAAGGAGCUUUGAUGUUCCCGUGGUAUCAUGGCCUGAAACCCGACUUUGAACUACCCGACGACGACCGGUUCGGCAUACAAAUCCUCUAUGGUUCGAAGAGCGACAAGAUCUGGGGAAACAUUACGGCGUAUAGACCAUCGUCCCGCAGACCGGAAACGCCGACCACAACCACGAUGGCCACAACUACGGUGGCCACGACCACCACUACCACCACGGCCAAAUCUGUGGCAACCAGAACCUCGAUGGUCGUGCCCUCGACCACGCCGAAACAGCCGGAAGUCAGACGGCCGUCGCCGGUGGACGCUCUCAAACCGGAUUACUGCAACACGUCGUUCGACGCGGUGUCCAUCAUCCGAAAGGAGACGUUCUUCUUCAAAGGCAAAUACAUCUGGCGGAUAGGCCCCAAAGGCCUUUACUUGGGCUACCCGGCGCUCAUCAACCGCCUUUGGCACAACUUGCCCGACGACCUGGAACAAGUGGACGCCGUUUACGAGAGACAAGACGGAAAGAUAGUGUUCUUCAUAGGUCGCCAGUAUUACGUUUACCACGGCAACGUGCCCGUCCCCGGAUAUCCGAAACCGUUGACGUCCCUGGGACUUCCGGAUCAGCUGGACCGCGUGGACGCCGCCACCGUUUGGGGCCACAACAGCAAAACGUACAUUUUCAGCGGCACCAUGUACUGGAGGUACGACGACGAGACCGGCAAAAUGGAACUGGACUACCCCAGGGACAUGUCCAUUUGGAGGGGCGUCGGGUACAACAUCGACGCCGCUUUCCAGUGGCACGACGGUGCCACGUACUUCUUCAAGAACCGCGAGUUUUGGAAGUUCAACGAUUUGCGAAUGCGGGUGUACCGGGAAGAGCCUUCGCCCACCGGACCCUUCUGGUUCAACUGCUCGUCGACACAUCAGCCUAAGUAUUCGCCGAAAAAGGGUCUCAUCGGUGUCAAGCAACAACAAGACCGAGAAUUUGGACCGUCAAGUUCUGCUUCCGGCAAUUGUCUAUGGCCUGUGACGUCUUUCCUCCUGAUCGCCUUGACCUCGGCCCUGAGAGGCCUUUGAGCUUUCGUUAUUUUUUUUGUUCUAUUUGUCCACGUUGGUUAUCGUCGAUAAAAAUUGAAAUUGAAAUCAACUGCCCCGAGAAAAAAAAAACAAAA